UUUGUAUCAAAUGAGAAACUAGUUUUUUUAUAGCUCAAAAAAUUGAUAUUAUUUCGGAAUCGGUAAAUUUCUGGCAAGUUUGAUUUUAAAAAGUUUUAACAUUUAUUUAAAGUUGAUAAAAUUAUAUAUUAUGAGUUGCCAAUCAAAAUGCGGGGUAUCGAAAACGCCUCAGUUUGUUAGUGAAGCAGUGAUUACUUUGAAAUCGUCUCAAUUUCACCAAAAAUCUUUCGAAUCUCACUUAAAUUUCCAGAUAUCCAUUAAGAACAUUGAUUAUGGACACGGCGAGAAUGUAAAUACUUCAUCUAACAGGAGCAUAAAAUCUAACGCAGUUAAAAAUCCACCUUCCUUAAAAAUUAUAUCAAAAAAUACAACAGGUUCAAGAUCUUAUACAAACUUAUCUAAAAAUGAUAAAACAAAUCACGUUUCGUCUAAUCCUUCAUCUACAUCAACAUUUGCUCCAUCAUAUAACUCGACGAAAUCUGCUCCUGAUUUGAGGACCCUUGGUUGUCCCUCUAGUACAGUAAAAUCAUCAACAACAUUUCAAAGAACAGUUGGAAAGCAAUAUUAUCCAAAUUUCAAAAAAAGGUGUGAACUAAGUUGUAUACGGUGCUGUUCACGACAUUCGGCUUAUUGGCAAGACAGAUAUACAGGUAAUCGUUGGAUCGUAUCUCUUUGGACGUCUACGCCUCAUCAACAACCAUCAUUAGACUACACAGAACUUCAAGGUAUUGAAAUUCAAAAACCAAUUGUGUAUUAUUCAGAACAUCAACCGGCUACUUCCCAAAAAUUGCCUUCACAGUAUUUGGAAUUGCAAAAACGGGAAAGCGACAUUUAAGAUGUUUCAUUUGUAUUGGCCUGCAACUUGCGCACUUACAUUGUUUCUCAUAGUGGGGGUGAUUAUGGUGAUGUUGAAAUGGGGCCCUGUAAUAUGUAAAACUCGCCAUACUGCUUUACCUGAUAGAAAGGUUUAUCAGUAUGGGGUUCGUGCAUAUGAACAAGAAAUUUCUAUAGCUUGAAUAAUGAGUUUAAUGUAUAACAAGUGCCUUUACAAGGCAGCCUUAGUAAUAAUAAUUAAUUUUAUACUAUUUUCAAUUUUAGAUCUGAUUUUAUAUUGAAUCUCAAUUAUUAUUCCGUCCAUUUUAAAUUUGUUUUUUCAAUUUUUCACUAAAAUUUUUUAAUAAAGAUGUGAAUUAAG